UGUAACGGAGUCGGUGGAGGAGCGACUUCAUCAACAUGGGGGUCGUCUAUACCAUGACAUGGUUCUUUUUAAUUUUUAUUUAUUUAUUUACGAUCACAGAACAAAAUGUGAGACAACGAAGACAAAUAUCACCAGAACAGCCCCGGAUGAUGACGAUGAACGGGCACCUGAUUUUUCAGACGGGGACCAAUCAUAACAUUACAUUUAGAUCCCAGGGAGGGGGAUAUGUGAACAUAGAUGGAGAAAAUGUCCAACAGUUAGCUACCAUGAUCAGAAGCAAUAAAGCAGAAAUUGAUCAUCUUAAAACUUCCCCAACAGUUGCCCCCAGUAACCUGGAGACACGGGUAUCUAACAUAGAGCAGAGACUGAACAACCUGCAGCCGACAGGGGAGGUCCAGAACCAGCUAACGUCGCUAGGCAACCGCGUCAACGCCCUGGAGAUCAGUGUACCCAGCAACUUACCUGUGAGGUUGACACAGAUAGAACAGCAACUUAGUUCCUUGACAACAUCUGGUGACCUCCAAACGGCCUUGUCUGACAUAAGGUCAAGGUUAACUACAGUAGAGAACAUUGAGGAAUCGGAUAACUCAAGAGCCAGAAACAUGAACAGGAAUGCUAGAAGACUGCGGAGAAGGGUCAGAACUUUAGAACGAAACGUCCAAACUCUACAACAGCUGCUGACCCAGAACGAGUGUAGCUCGAACCCGUGCAGAAAUGGAGGGACGUGCGUGGACCGAUAUAACGGUUUCUUCUGCCAGUGUCCGCCGGCCUGGAAGGGUGUCAUGUGUGAUGAAGAUGUGAACGAGUGCUCGGAAUAUGCCGGGACUGACAUGGGAUGUCAGAAUGGAGCAACAUGUCGCAACACUCCGGGAAGCUUCACUUGUCAGUGCGCGGCUAACUGGUAUGGUAUUAGGUGCUCUGAGCGUCAUGAUGACUGUAACCAGGCGUCACAUGAGGAACUUUGUGGACACGGAACAUGCGUCAACUCUGAACGGGUUCAACCUGGGCAGCCCAAAUACACUUGUAUUUGUGACGAUGGGUGGACGACGAGCGGAUCUAAUCCGAUGUGUGUGGUGGACCGUGACGAAUGUUCCGAAGCAGGACCACGAUGUUCAGUCGAUCCCAGUGUGCCGUGUAUCAAUGUACCGGGCUCCUUCUACUGCGGCCAGUGUCCAGCUGGGUUUUCUGGAAACGGAUUUUCGUGUGUGGACAUCAAUGAAUGUGAAGUUAAUAAUGGCGGGUGUUCUUUGACCCCGAGAGUAGACUGUAUUAACACGAGAGGGUCCAGGACAUGUGGUCCUUGCCCACCAGGUUACCAGGGUAACGGUGUCACGUGUAAUUGGGUGGGAAUGUGUAGCGUUAACAAUGGCGGAUGUCAUCGACAGGCCGCUUGUCAGGAAUCUCCAGGAAUACAGGGUGUGACCUGUACCUGUCCCCCCGGGUAUGUGGGUAACGGUCAGGGACCUAAUGGGUGUGUCGCUCAGGGGGUGACGGAUGGGCCGUGUGCCAGUAAUCCCUGCAGGAAUGGAGCUGUGUGUGAGAACUCAGAAAACACCUAUAACUGUGUCUGUCAGCCCGGAUAUGAAGGGACACAGUGUCAAACCAACACCAAUGAGUGUGCCAGUAAUCCCUGCCAAAACGGUGGCACAUGUACGGACCGACUCAAUGGGUACACUUGUACUUGUACUAGUUCAUACACAGGAAAUAACUGCGAAGAGGAAGCCCAAUCAUGCGGUGGUGUUUUAACCCAAGAGUCUGGUUCAUUACGCUAUCCGGAAGAAUCAGGAACCACUUACCCCCACGGCGUCAGUUGUUCCUGGAGAAUCACCACCACCCCAGGAAAGAUCAUAAGCGUGACUUUCACCACCUUCAGUAUUGAACAGCACCCUAACUGUGAUUAUGACUAUCUACAGAUCCACGAUGGACCUAGCGCAACUGCUUACAAGAUCGGAACUUACUGCGGAAGCACGGCCCCGGCGCGAGUCAACACGACUCAGCAUCAGAUGUACAUCUGGUUCUACAGCGACCAGUCCGUGUCGUCUGAUGGAUUCUCUCUGAACUGGAUCUCAGCUGAUCCCAUAUGUGGCGGAUUGUUAAACCAAGGGGAUCAUGGUACUAUUUCCAGUCCUGGAUAUCCAGGGAACUACCCCCAUAACAGGGAUUGUGUAUGGAGGGUAAUGGUGUCUCCCGGCCAGAAUAUCAUGUUCACGUUUGCAGUAAUGGCUUUAGAACACCAUGACAACUGUAGCUAUGACUAUGUAGAGAUUCGUGACGGAUUAGACGAAAAUGCACCAUUACUAAAGAAGUACUGCAACACGCAGUCUCCUGUUCCAAUUACUACUUCCAAUCCAUACGCUCACAUCAAAUUCCACUCUGACGGAUCGUUGUCAGAUCGAGGCUUCCUAAUGACGUAUGCUGCCGUGUCUGCUGGACCGCAAUGUGGUGGACAGUUCACCUCAUCAGAAGGAGUUGUGACGUCACCUAACUUUCCCUCACCGUACAAUCACAGAAGUGAAUGUGUAUGGACGAUCACAGUACCAGCUGGCGAUACAAUCACUCUUACCUUUACCACCAUAGACAUCGAGUUUGAUACAUUAUGUGGAUACGACUUUGUGGAGGUGCGUGAUGGGCCUAACGAAAUGUCCCCAUUGUUUAAUAAAUUCUGUGGCACUACCUUACCCGCCCCUCUGACCUCAACAGGAAACGUUAUGUUUAUCAGAUUCUCCUCCGACGUUUCACAGUCAGGGCAGGGAUUCAGAGCAACCUGGACUACAGCUUGUGGAGGAACGUUCUCAGAGCCUGAAGGAUCAUUUAACUCACCGUCCUAUCCUAAUGUUUACCCCGCCAACAAAGAGUGUUUAUACACCAUCAAUCAGCCGAUAGGAUCCGUCAUUACCCUGACGUUUAGUGCCUUCGCUGCUGAAUACAGUUUAAACUGUAUAUAUAGCAGAAAAACCGUAUAUGACGGUGGUAGUAUGCAGUCUCCGCUCCUUGGCCGGUUUUGCGGCCCUCAGAUCCCCGACCCUCUCUCUUCCACCCAAAAUAUGAUGACGGUCAGAUUUGUAACGGACGGAUCAACCCAUAACACAGGAUUCCAGGCAUCAUACACUUCAACAGCAGCAGGAUGUGGAGGGAUGUUAACAGAUCCUACCGGAAGUAUAUCCAGUCCAGGUCAUCCAAACACCUAUCCUCAUGGCGUGAACUGCUCCUGGACGAUUCAGGCCAGUCCAGGGUUGGUGGUUCGAUUGACGUUUAACACCUUCAGCAUUGAGAGUAACCCCAGUUGUGUGUACGACUAUGUAGAUCUGUAUGACAACUAUACUGCCAGCUCUAACAGCCUCUUGGGAAGGUACUGUGGGUCAGAUAUGCCCCCUUCUGUAACGUCUUCUUCUAACUUCCUAACAGUGGUCUUUGUUUCUGAUGAAAGUCUUGCUUACGAAGGAUUUUCAGCCGGAUACGUCACUCUAAAUGCAUCUACAAUCUGUGGUUCGGAGCUUACCGAUUCUACUGGGGUCAUCACCAGUCCCAACUACCCUAACAACUACCCCCACGAAAGGGAGUGUGUAUGGACAAUUACGGCUUCAGACGGGAAUCAGGUCCUCCUCAAUGUUACAGACUUCAUGCUGGAGAAUCAUGCCAACUGUCAGUACGACUUCCUAGAAAUCCGAAACGGAGGUUUUCCAAGUUCUCCUUUGGUAAAUACCUACUGUGGUACAACUAUAGACAAUAUCAUACGAUCUCAUAGUAACAGGAUGUAUAUAAGAUUUAAAUCGGACGCGUCACAGUCAGCGAGGGGAUUCAGAAUUUUCUACGAUACCACAGCUGAAGGUUGUGGAGCAGAUAUGGUCAAUCCAACGGGUAGUUUUGUCUCCCCAAACUAUCCAAACCAGUACUCACACAAUGCAGAGUGCUUUUGGACAAUCAGCGUCUCCCGAGGAAGCAGGAUCCACCUCACCUUCGUCGAUUUCGAUUUGGAGAACCAUCAGUCCUGUCGCUAUGAUUAUGUCGAGAUCCGUGAUAGAUCAUCGACAGGCGAUUUACUAGCACGAUACUGUGGGAAUCAGAUUCCAGACUUUAUUGACUCGCCGUCCAACAAAUUAUGGAUAAAGUUCAGAGUGGAUCAUUCUAAUGCAGGAAGAGGGUUCCAUGCUUUCUACAGCAGCAUGUGUGACACGACUUUGACAGACUACAGCGGGGUAAUUGAGAGCCCCAAUUUCCCGAACCCUUAUGCCCACAACCGGAACUGCACGUGGAUCAUCCAGGCAACUUUAGGAAACACCAUUAAUGCCUCGUUCUCACAUUUCAAUGUGGAAACCCACACGUCCUGUGCCUACGACCAUCUUCAGAUACGUGAUGGUAACUCCCCUACCUCCAAUUUAAUUGGGACAUAUUGUGGAAAUAACGUCCCUCCCUCCAUAGCAUCUUCUACUGAGUAUCUGUGGUUAAACUUUAUCUCAGACUUCUCCGUAGCAGGGAAUGGAUUCCGACUAGAGUACAUUACUAACGGUUGUGGAGGAUACUUUACACAGAACACCAACUCUUUUACCAGCCCGAACUAUCCUCAACCUUACCCUCACCGUCGUCAGUGUGUGUGGCAAAUUGAGGUACCCACGGGGCAAGCCAUAGAACUCACAAUAAACGACUUUGAUGUAGAGGUUCAUUCCGAAUGUCGAUUUGACGGUUUAGAGGUUUACGCCGGCCGCGAUUCUUCGGCGCCAAGACUUGCUCAACUUUGCCACAAGCAGACGUCACCUCAGGUUCUGACCACCACUGGAAACCUCAUGCACGUCAUCUUCCGAAGUGACGUCAGCAUCAGCGGGAAAGGAUUCAGUGCAACGUACAAAGCGAUAGCAGGCGGUUGCGGUGGAAACUUUAGCACCCCUGCGGGUACACUGAUGUCAAAGAACUACCCCAAUAACUACCCCCACAAUACGGACUGUGAGUGGCUGAUCACGGUACAGGACACGAAGACCGUGGUCCUCACCUUUGACGAGUUUGAUGUGGAAGGGUCUUCUGACUGUCGUUAUGACUACGUGGCUGUAUAUGAUGGGAAUAACUCCAACUCCACAGAGUUGAUGAAACACUGUGGACGAUCCCUGCCAGUUCCCCCUGAGUACAGAAGUAGUGGACAAUACAUGUACGUAAAGAUGCGAUCAGACAUCUCCCUGUCUGGUAAAGGAUUCAAGGCGCACUACGUCACAGGUUGUGGCGGUAUUCUGAAUGGGGAGGAGGACGGGGUCAUCAUUUCACCAAAUUAUCCCAACCCCUACGAUAGGAUGAAUAACUGCACAUGGCUUAUCAGGGCAGACCACUCUGAUGAUCGUAUUACCCUGACUUUCACUCACAUGGAUGUUGAGGAAUUGUCGGACUGUACAAAAGAUUACGUGAGAGUACUGAAUGGUGAUGACCUAGACGCACCGGAAAUAGGGACGUACUGCGGUCGGACGAUUCCAAGCCCAAUCACCUCCUCGGGGUCCGCCAUGAUUGUCCAGUUCAUCUCUGACAGGACGAUACAGCGAUCAGGGUUCAGGGCAAUGUACACGAAGUCCCUGUCCAGUUGUGGGGCCGACAUAACGGCCCAGAGUGGAUACAUUGCAACCCCAGGGUAUCCUUACCAAUACCCCCAAAACACAGACUGUGUGUGGAACAUCCGUGUUCCUCCUGGCAAUAAAGUUGGAAUAUCAUUCCAGACGUUUAAUAUCCUGAGCCACCCCACCUGUAGCUAUGACUACGUGGAACUGAGGGAAGGUGACGUUCACGGUCAACUGAUUGGAAGGUACUGUGGCACGAGGUUCCCCGGAAAUCUGACGGCUGCUAACGGACUCUGGAUGAAGUUCCACGCCGAUGUCUACGGAUCCGGAACAGGAUUUUUGGCAGAAUUCAAUACAAUGUAUGGUGGUGCCCUGACAGGAAGUUCAGGACAGGUUGCGUCCCCUAACUAUCCUAACCAGUACCCCCACAACGUGAACUAUGUCUGGACGAUCACAGUAGACAUUGGUCUCAGGAUCCGAGUGACGUUUAACUCUAUAGACGUAGAGUCUGUAGCAAACUGUUACUAUGACUAUAUUAAGUUUUUGGAUGGUCCUGAGGCUGACAGUGUUGAGAUUGGCAGGUUCUGUGGCACCUCCAGCCCACCGCCAUUCAUGAGUACUGGUAAUGUAAUGAGAGUGGAGUUCCGUACUGACUUCUCCAGUUCUGGUCAAGGGUUCCUUUUCCAGUGGGUGGCAACUAGUGAUCAAAUUCCUUCCACCACUGUAGCUCCUGGAUCCACCACUCCUAUUCCAGGCUGCGGUGGAACUCUUGGCGCGAGUAACCAGGACAACACGUUCACCUCCCCUGGCUACCCGAAUGGUUAUGCUCAUGGUUUGAACUGCUUGUGGGUCAUCACUACACUCCCAGGGCAUCGUGUCUGGCUAAAUAUCAGUAGCAUUGACUUAGAGGGGCACUACACGUGCUCUUAUGAUAAAAUUACUGUUUAUGAUAACGCAUACGGAAAUGGUCGUUCCUUGGGUCAGUUUUGCGGCAGGGAGCCAAAUUCUGCCCCGAUUUUGUCCACCACAAAUGAUGUGUCCGUUAGAUUCCAAACGGACUCCUCAGUCAAUCGUACAGGGUUCGCCAUGAAAUACCGACAAGCCUGUGGUGGGCGUAUGGAAAUGAGCCAGGGAGUUAUCGCUAGUCCAGGUUAUCCCAGUCCCUACCCCGGGAACCAGAAUUGUGAGUGGGUGGUACAGGUCACUACAGGUCGUACAAUACAGGUAGUCUUCAAUACAUCCUUCAACGUCGUGGGUUCUGUCAGUGGAUGUGACGGGGAUUACGUGCAGCUUUUAAAUGGUGACAAUGAAAAUGCGCCACCAGUGGGCAGCAGUACUAACGGCCGUUACUGUGGCAACCAGAGCCCUGCUACUUUGGAGACAGGUAGUAACAAACUGUACGUCAAGUUUGUAUCAGACGGCGCAGGUUCUGCGACAGGCUUCCGGUUAACCUUCACAGAGGUGCACGUGCAGUGUGGAGAGAGCAUUACACUUACCCACGACGUGCCGCAGACGUACAUCAUGUCGCCUAACUACCCGGCGAAUUAUCCACAUAAUGUGGAUUGUGUGUGGACUGUCCUAGUCCCGGCUACAGAGACUGUCCAAGUGGAGUUUGAGGAAAACUUUAAUAUUGAAGUCCAUCCUGAAUGUAACUUUGAUUUUGUUGAGAUCCGUGACGGAGGAACGGCAAACUCGCAGCUGAUCGGUAAAUAUUGCGGAUCUACACGACCAAGUACUGUCAAAUCUUCCGAAAAUGUGCUGUAUAUUCGCUUUAGGACUGACAACAGCGUACCACGGGCCGGAUUUAAAGCACUAGUGCAUUUAGCUCGUUGUGGCGGUACAUACGUUGGACAGACUGGUAUGAUUGCUUCGCCAAAUUUCCCGAGGAGUUACGGAAACAAUGAGAACUGCGAAUGGAGUCUGAGAGGUCCCACAGGUCACUUCCUGACCUUGACCUUUCUCAGUUUUAACCUUGAAUCCAGUCUCAGCUGUGCCUCGGCGGAUUACGUAGAAAUCAGAGACCUCAAUGCGACAGGUCCAGUAUUGACGACUUUGUGUGGCUCUCAGAUACCCCAGCCCGUCUUAACAUCAGACAGUUACGCCCACAUCAAGUUCGUGUCCAACAAUGCUAACACGUUCCCUGGUUUCCAGAUGAAGUUUGACGCCAGUGUGGAAGAAUGUGGAGGGGAAUUCACAACAAGCACAGGAACAUUUACGUCCCCAAACUUUCCCGGCCAGUACCCUCAUCGCCGUAUUUGUACCUGGUUAAUUAAGGUGCCACAGGGCAAGCGCGUGUCUUUAACUUUUGAGUCUCUUAACAUUGAAGCAUCGUCUACUUGUUAUUACGAUUACGUUUCGGUGUAUAACGGUAUCCUGCGAGAUUCGCCUGCUAUAGGGCGGUACUGCGGUACCACCCCGCCGUCUCUGGUGGAGUCCAGUGGAAACACAAUGAAGGUCGUCUUCUUCACGGAUGGCUCUGUCAGUAAUGGAGGAUUUAGAGCUCACUACACGUCUCUGAACGAACAGAAAUGCGGUGGUGUGUUGACACGACCUUUUGGUAAUGUGUCCUCCCCUGGCUACGUCAAUGGUAACUAUAGUAACAGAGAGGAGUGCACGUGGUUCUUUAACAACCAGAACCUGACAAGUUCCUCCAUCUUUAUCCAGUUUAGCAACUUAAGACUUGAAUCACACACCAGAUGUGCAUUUGAUUUCCUGGAGGUCAAAGAAGGCAACACAGAAAAUGGAGAAUUGAUUGGGAAGUACUGUGGGAACACAACACUACCUGAUCCCAUUAUAUCCCCCUCAGCCAAUCUGUGGAUGAGAUUCAGGACCGAUAACUCCAUCGUUGAUCAGGGAUUCCUUUUGACCUAUAUUUAUACGGAUUGCGGAGGAGUACUUACUCAAGAUAAUGGAGAAAUUGUAAGCCCCAACUUCCCAUUCAAUUACAACCACAGUGAUGCGUGCGCUUGGUUGAUAUUGGCCCCAGAAGGUUCUAAAAUUCAGGUUACUUUCAAGAAUUUUUCUUUGGAAAACCACCCUCGGUGUAUUUUUGACUAUGUUGACAUUUUGAACGGUCGCUACGUCAGUUCGCCUUCGAUCGGUCGGAAGUGCGGAACAACCGUACCAGAACCUUUCACCUCUCAGAGUAACGGAAUAAGAAUCAUUUUCAAAACCGACUACAGUGUGGCUGCUAAUGGAUUCAAGAUUAAGUACAACUUUGUCACAGACGGCUGUGGCGGUCUUUAUCACAGUAACACAGGUCUGAUCUCCAGCCCUAACUACCCCUCCAGCUACCCCCACAACACGGAGUGUGUCUGGGACAUCAAUGUGUUGGACGGUUAUCACGUGGUUCUAACCUUUAUCCCGCCUUUUGACAUGGAAGCUCAUGGGACAUGUCAAUAUGAUUAUGUGGAGGUUGAUGAUGCAAUUAGGAACGGUUCCCUGGUCAAUCAAGGUCGCUGGUGCAGUAACCUGACUCCGCCUCCACAGAAGUCCACCUCAAGACGGCUGGUCGUCAAGUUCCGGUCCGAUCCUGCUGUCAAUGGAAACGGCUUCGCUGCAAACUGGACUGCUGAAUGUGGGGCAUUGUUCACAGAAGAGUCAGCCGACUUCGUUUCGCCGGGUUACCCGAAUGAAUAUGGUCACAACUUAAGGUGUAACUACACAAUAUCAGUUGAUCCUCAGCGCUUUAUUGUCUUCAGUUUCUCCAAUGUUAAUUUCCACAUUGAAGGUGGCGUUGGAUGCCGGUUUGACUACGUUCAGGUGUAUGCUGGGAAUGAUACCAGUGGGCGUCCAUUGGGUAGAUUCUGUGGGACUGACGUGCCAGAUCCUGUUAGUUCCAUAGGAAGCAUGUUCAUACAGUUUGUGACGGACAGUAAUGUAGCUUUCUCAGGAUUUAGAGCCCAGUACCGUACCUCAGAUUGUGGUGGGAAUUACACGGACGCCUACGGCACAAUCCAGACGCCUACCUAUCCGGACGUCUACCAUCACGAGGCCAACUGUACUUGGCUCAUCACGGUGGCCGAAAACAGGGUGGUGGAUCUAAAGUUUUCUUCCUUUGAUGUCGAGGCCCAUCCUUCUUGUGGUUAUGACUACGUAGACGUUCGUGACGGUAACACUCUUCAGUCCCCUCUCCUAGGCCGAUUUUGUGGUAAAGUCAUCCCUAAUGUCAUAAGGAGCACAGGGAAUUCAAUGUUAGUUAAUUUUGUCACGGAUCCAUCAGUGGCGUACGGUGGAUUUAGGGCCGGUUACUGGACUACCUAUGGUGAAAGACAGGGAUGUGGAGGCAUACUGAAUUCGACAUCAGGGCGUUUUGGAUCAGUAGACAUCGACAGAAAUGGGAUAUAUGAAGCCCAGAAUUGCAAGUGGACGAUCAUAGUCGGCGCCAACAAGGUUAUCAAUCUUCGAUUUGAGAGCAUGGAUUUGGAGGAAGUUAAUGAUUGUCGAUAUGAUUAUGUUCUGGUACACGACGGACUGAGUGAGGAUGACCCCAUUAUAGGAAAAUACUGUGGAAAUCAGAUUCCAGCUCCUAUAAAAUCCAGCUCCAAUGUUCUGUUCGUCCAGUUCGUAGCCGAUUUUACCGUACAUCAGACCGGGUUCAAUGCUACCUAUCAGCAGGGCGAUGCCCUCUGUGGAGGUGCGUUUUCGGCCACGGACAGUCCCCAGAUCAUCAGCUCCCCCUCAUACCCACGUCCCGUGGGUCAGGACCUCAGAUGUCGCUGGACCAUUGACUCGGGGGAUAGUGCCAAACAGAUCCGGAUCUCUUUCUCUGGACUCAACCUGAUCAGUGAUAAUAAUUGUUCCGUGGAGUACAUAGAGCUCCGGGACUCACCAUUGGGCUGGAGUGGGCGGUCUCACUUGUAUUGUGGCACGAAUCUCCCUCCUCCAUUUGAUUCUGCGGGGCGGACGCUUCAGAUUAACUAUGUGGUGACGUCAAGUUCUGGAAGCCAAGGGUUUUCUCUAAAAUACGAAAUUGCUAAUUGUAAUAGAACCUAUACGGGUACAGGGGGUAAGAUCUUCAGUCCUGGGUGGCCAGGAAACUAUCCACGGAACGCGUAUUGCGAGAUGUCGAUAUCAGCACCAGCCGGAACUUUCGUCACUCUCUACUUCAACUUUUUCCACAUCGAGCCUCACUCAAGCUGUCGAUAUGAUUAUUUGGAAAUACGUAACGGUAGCUCGGCAUUGUCCCCAAUCAUCGGUCAGCUGUGUGGCAAUACAAUACCGAACCCAGUGUUUGCCACCGGGAACAGUCUGUGGAUGAGUCUAGUGACGGAUUCUUCUGUGUCUCAUCGCGGUUAUGAUAUAACAUGGACGGCGUCCACGUCAGGUAUGGGUUGUGGCGGUGAUAUUAGUGGAAUAAAUGGAAGCCUGACAAGUCCCAACUACCCUGGCAACUACACUGAGCGGCAUAGCUGUCGCUGGCUCAUCACCGCGCCUGCGCGGCGAGUCAUCACCGUCAGGUUUGCUGACAUCAACAUCUUAGGAAGUCCCGAUUGUAGCCGUGCGUUUGUAGAGGUACACAACGGAAAUACUGAUGUCUCACCGUCGUUUGGAAAAUACUGUGGAAAUGAGCAACCACCCCCUCUCAGGUCCACUAGUAACAAAGUCCUCGUCAAAUUCAUCACAGACGGAUUCCACGCGGCUCCGGGAUUUAGACUUCUUUAUACAAGUUAAAUAAAAUGUGCUUGGCAUAUUGUGCUUUCAAAGACAAGCCAAGUAUAAACGACAUUUCAGGUUUUUUCUCAUCUUUAAAGACGGAUGAGGUUGUGUAAGACUGUGAUCAAUUUUAAUUUACAUUCCAUAUAAAGAAAAUGUGUAUCUUACCAAUUCCAUAUCAUCAAAUACAAAACAGUGCUCGCUGUAUUCAUCAUAAAUUGCAUCUUUUAUUUGUGUGAUUAAAAUCACUACCUGUAUAUUUUUAACGCAUUAUAAUAAAUAUGUAUGUAUUGGAAUAAA